CAACACUCACCAUCAUUCGCUUCAACAUCGUUUCUGAACUGCAUACGAUUUGUGUAUGCUAUUUGUUUCAAAGAUUCAACAUAUAGGUACAAAUUGAUACUCCGUGGCACCAUUGGGAGCCCCUCAAUUGUGCGACAAGCCUCGUCUUGAAUGAUUCCACGUCUGCGAAGACUUUCGAAAAGAGUUCUAGGAUACUCAUUUGUACUGAUACCCAUAAUCCUGAUAUAUCGUUGCUGGGAACCGUCGGCAGCUCCAAUGCCUACUUCAAGCUCCCCGACCGAAGUUGCUACCGCGUUGCUGGCGGAGAAAGGCUGGCAACUACAGUCCUUAAAAGUCAUACAGUCUCUCUGGGCUGGCUACGGCCAGAUCUGUCGGAUCACUGCGACGAGCUUACUAUCUGCGGACACCGAGUCGCAAUCUUUCAUCUUGAAGCUGAUAACGCCUCCAACGCACGCGAAUCAGAUCAAGGAUGAGGGCCAUAUGAGGAAGAUACUCAGCUACCAAGUGGAACAGUACUUUUACAGCCAGCUCGCUCCACAAUUACCAUCUUCCGUUCCCGUAGCUGAAUGUUUGGCCAGCGUGAACGAACACCACGCAGACGGUACUUCAACAACAGCCAUGCUCAUGAGCGAUCUCCGCCUAGAAUAUCCCGUUGCAGGAGAGAAGCGCGAAGCCCUUUCCCCAACCCAAGUCAACGCCUCGCUCGACUGGCUCGCCAGCUUUCAUGGCUUCUGGUGGCCUCGCGUCGGGACCAUGGAUCGAUCUGCGCUCGUCCAACCUCCGCUCGAGGAACUAACAAAAGACGGACAAAGGGAUGCGUCGAAGACUGUAUGGACGAACGGCGGGUACACUUACCUUGCCACACGACGCACGGAAUACAACACCCUCGCCAAGGACUACCACUCAGACUGGAACCUGCUCCUCACCGAACCAGUAGACUUUGAGAAAUCCUCGAUCUCGGAAAUCGUCGCAUUAUUCCUCGCGCCCCGGAUCACAGGUCGAUCCCCCUUCACGGCGUACGAAACGCUUAUCCACGGCGACGUCAAGAGCGAGAAUCUAUUCACCAGCACGGCCGGCGACAAAGUAGCCUUCUACGACUUCCAAUACGUCGGUCUAGGCCUCGGCGUCUGCGACCUAGCGAAACUGUUCACAUGCUCCGUGCCUUUGCACAUGCUCGUCUCAGAGCAAGUCAUUCCCCGCGAGUUGGCUAUGCAAGACGGCGAGAAGCGACUACUGCAGCGCUACUGGCAGAAAUUGAGGGAGGUUGGGGAGCAGGAGUAUGAGUGGACGGUAUUCGUGCGGCAUUGGGAGACUGCGCUUGUGGAUUGGCUGAGGUUCCAGGCCAGCUGGGGUUUUUGGGGCAAUACGGAGUGGCUUGAAGCGAGGGUUCGAAAUAUCUUGAAGGACGAGGAAUGGUCAGUUGCGCUGAUUGCAAAUGUGCGAAUGGCGGGACUUUUGGACUCGUGAAGUUGUAGGUCGUUGAUGCUAGGAAUUAAGGUAGAUCUUGACCCCACUUACUAUUACCCCUCAUCCAUUAGUCUC